GGCCCAUUCCCUCUCUGCUAGCCAAAGCGAAGAAGAGAGGUUUGAGAUUUGAGGGUUCGCUAACCCUAGCGCCCUAGCAAGAGUAGACGUUCGAAUCGGAGAGACAGGCUUAGUUUCGCACUAGCACAAUCGAGAAGGCCGGGGAGAAAUCGCGAAGACUCCAAGAAGUUCUCGCGCUUGAGGCGCGCCUGAGGCGCGAUGCGCACGAAGCGCCAGGGGGAGUGCAUCGUCAGUCCUGAUGCACGCGCAGUUCAUGAGGCGCGCGCCUCACUGCGCCUCUGUGCAUUAUGCGCAUCUCGCAAGUCCUCCAAACCGCGGCACACCUUCCCGUCUCUUUCUCCCGUCUCGCAAGUGGCAGAAGUCAGAAGCAGUCAAGCAGGCCAACGUAGCUUCGCCACUUGGGGAGUAGUCAAAAGCUGUUGUGGACCAUAGAAGGACCAUAUCAAAUAGAUAUGCCUAGAUUGCAUUGUUGUUCCCUUUAGAAUCUCUCCUUAAGCAUUCAAGCACAUAUUCAAAUGCAGUCAACGUCAAUGCCAAAGGUGAGUUAGUUAAAAAUAUUUCUAAAGUUAAAUGUUUUGUCAUUUUUAGCUGAUUAGCAAUAUUGUUGAGUUUGUAAUUUUUUUUGCUAUUGGGACAUUAUGUGCAGCUAAUUUUUAAAAUGUUUGGCCUCAUCCUUUUUACUCUGUUUUUUAUUCAUCUUCCUACAUUUUUUCCAUUUCCAUUUCCUCAACAUUUGUUCCUGGUCUAUGUCUUGAUUGUAACACUAUUGCUUGUUGUAAGUUUCUUAUACAGAGUAUCUUUGUUAAAUACGGGGUUUUGCAAUCAUUUCAGAAUCAUCUAAUUUACUUCAUCAGACAAAAACAUCUGUUUUUGUUUUAAAAAUAUCUAGUUAUUUCAAGAAAAAAAGGAUCUGAUUUAUGUUUAAGGUUUUUCCAUUGGAGUUGAUGAAUUAUUGAUGAAAUGCGCUCGUGUUCUAACUAAUCUCUCACCUUUGGAAUUUAAAGUUCGUAGUCUGGAUCAAGAAGAGUUUAAUGAGAUUGUAAAGUUGGUGCUUUUAUCACCUGAGUGUGAUUUGACUUUGCCUAAAAUUGAGACGAUCAAUAGCUAUGCUUCCAUAGCCUUGGCGAUCGAUGGAUCUAUAUUUGAUGGGGAGACCCUAUUCCACAAAGGGCAUCCUCAUAACUUUAUUUGAUCAUUUUUGACAAGUAGAGCUACAUAUUCUUGUGUUGAAAGUGUCAUUCUCCCAAAUGGUAAUUGUACUUGUGUAGUAUAUACCUGUGAUCCUUUGAGUUCAACUCCUUGUUAUCGCAUAAUGGGCCAUAUUUGAAAUGAUGAUGUCUUUGUGUAGUUCUACGGUGAAGAGUUUCAGUUUGAAAAGAAUUUACACCCUCAUGUUCCCAUCAUACAGUGUGCAGGAUUUGAGUUGUGUAGAUGGUUGUUUAGGCGGACCAAUAUUUAAUGAUCAAGAUAAAAUUGUGGAAUGGUGGUUCCUCAAGUACAUGGAUAUCAAAUAGCUAUCCAUGUGACGUUUUUCAGGCUCUUUGUACGACGCUAUAUCAAGCAGCAACAAAAUGUUUCUACUUCUACGGUCGAUCCCUAGAGAAAGGAACGGAUGGAGGAGGUUUGACUAUUAAUUAUUCAACGAUCAGUUUUAUAAAUAACUUUGAAGUGUAUCCACACAUGUUCAUUUCAAAUGUGCAAAUUGUUCGAAAAAAGAAGAAACUUUGAUUUGUAUUCCAUAUGAAAGGUGAUUAUUUAAGCAAAUGUCUAAAGUUUGAAUUUAAAAUCGAAGAGGGUGUCUUAUUCCUAGCAUAUCAUUUUUGGCAUAUUAAAUAUUUUUAUAUUUUGUUUGGCAUAAUUGUUUCUGCUUUGAUGUGAGAUGAAAUUGAUAUUGUGCAUUUAUGUUGGAGUUUCCUCAUAAAAAAGUGACAGUUUC